AUGGAGAGAAACCAGUUGCGUAGGCAGAUUGCUCUCACAAGGCAGUCUCUUUUGGAUCAGGGAUUUCUUGAUGAACAAUUUAUCCAGCUUGAGGAACUCCAAGAUGAUGCAAACCCUAAUUUUGUGGAGGAAGUAGUCACAUUGUACUACAGGGAUUCAGCUAAACUGAUCCACAACAUAGAGCGAGCAUUGUCACUAGCGAGGCAAGCUGGGCCUGCUGACACUGCAUGUCGGCCCAGGUAA